AUGGAAGAUGUUAGAUCGCUCAAGAUUAACGCUUCCAAACUGUUACUGGCCAUUAUUGAAUCACGAUCGGAUAUUGAUUUCGCCGAAAUAGUUACCAAAAUUGUGGACGCCAACCUUAUCCAUCAUUCCUGUGAGAUUUAUCAAAAGUAUAAGAAAUUCAUGGAAACGGAAGCUCAUCGAGGUAACCCUUCAGCUCUUAAAGAUGGCGAGGAAUCAGAAGAGGUGAAAGAGAUUGAAGUUGGUCAUAAUAUUUACAUUCUAUGUCACCAGUGUCAACGAUAUUCAGUCCAAUUGAACGAGCAAAUCAACCGAGAGCAAAAACAAGAGGACUGUCGUGAUGCGAUCGCUUUCUUUCAGAAAAAAACUGCCCAAGUUGAGGUUGUCCGACGUGAUAGUCCCGAACAGCGAGUUGAGUUUAUCGUAUUCGCGGUACCCGAACAAUGCCAUUUCCUCACGGAAGAGACAAAGAAAAAAGUUCUCCACCGAACUGAACUUGAUGAGAAAGCUCGUUCCAAAGUUCCUGAUUUUUUCCGUCAAGUUGACAUUCUCCAGGCCGAGAUGGAAUGGCAACGUGACCUUCAGUCAAAGAAACGGCUUUCGCACGCAAUUAGCCGUUACAUGUCCAAAUGGGGCUCUCUUUCUUUCCAAUUAGCGGUUCUAUUGAAUCUGAUUGUGAUCUCUUACUAUCCGUUUGGUGAGACUCCCGUUGGACUUGAACAUCGGUCAUACUUGGCCUGCCUAGUCAUUGGUCUUUGGUUAUAUCUGUUUGGAACUCAUAAAAGGUCACUUGAUCUAGUUUUUGACGGCGCCUUCCGUUUAACCGUUGUUCUCACAACGUGGCUUCUAGUUCAUACCAUUGGUCCACAAGCGGUCAUUUAUAUCUGUGGUAUAUUGGAUAUUAUAAUUACUAUUGUCUAUCUUUUUAGUUUCUUUAUCAAUCGUGGGUAUCGACGGGGCUGGUUAAACAAUCUAAUGGACUAUGAAUUGAUCUAUCACUGCGUUUAUCUGACCUUUUGUACCUUGGGACUGUUUCAUCCGCUUUUUUAUUCUGCCCUUUUGCUUCACGUUAUUUAUCAAGAGGAGACUCUAAGAAAUGUUAUACGAUCGGUUACACGAAACUCAAAGUCUUUACUUUUGACCUGUUUAUUGGCGUUAAUCUUGAUACACAUUGCGGCCACUUUUGGUUAUCUUUACUUCAAUUUUGACUUUCGACGGGAAUAUGUACCACAAGAUAAUGAAGAGGAAAGUCAAGCAACCGAAUACUCUUGUAAAACUUUAUUCCAAUGUUUGAUUACCACCAUAAACUAUGGCCUUCGAUCGGGUGGAGGUAUUGGCGAUGUCCUUCGACCUGCAUCCUCGCAAGAAAGUCUCUACUAUGGUCGUGUUAUUUAUGAACUUUUCUUCUAUUUUUUCAUCAAUGUUAUCAUUCUCAACUUAUUCUUUGGUAUCAUCAUUGACACUUUUGCCGAUCUCCGUCAAGAGAAGCAAAAGAAAGAGGAUAUCCUUAGAAAUACUUGUUUCAUUUGUGGCCUGCCACGAGCUGAUUUCGAUAAUCGUGCCGGUGUUUCCUUUGAGAAGCACAUUGCCCGUGAACAUCAUAUGUGGCAUUAUCUUUACUUCAUGAUACUCUUACGAACUAAACCUAAGACUGAAUUUACUGGACCCGAAACUUACGUGUUCAAAUUAAUGGAGAAAAAUGAUUGGACUUGGUUUCCCAUUCGAAAGGCCAUGUCGUUGGAAGGUACCGAUCCCGAAAUUCAAUUGGAAUACAUUAGAGCUCCGGAACGAUUUGCUUAUCCCCGUGAAUUGGAGGCUCAAUGUUUAUCCGGACAUCCAAGAGAUUCAUUAUCCCUUCUUACUCCAUGUUAA